GACUACUUACAAAUACUUCUAUAUAUAAUCAGGUGAAAUAUACUAUAUCGUGUGUCAAAGAAAAAACCAAGUCUUGGAUCAGAUUACAAAGUAUAACAUUCUUCAGAAUGGAUAUGAUAACAAAACGACCCCUGGAAGCCAAUACUCCGUAUACAGUAUUAACAGAUGAACAACUUCGAAAUAUCAAAAAGGAUUCCAGUCCUUUCUUUAUGGGACCAGCAGUUCGUGAAGAAAUGAGUGAAGAGCGAAAGAGAACAGAACAACCAAUUAAAGCCAGAUUUGCUUAUGCUAUGAGCUCCACUACAACACGUGGAGGUUAUCCUACAGAAAAAUCAUGUUAUAUAGGCGAACAAUUUAGUCGGUUUCCAGACCCUAAUCAUGAUACAUGUAGAUUAGGAGCUGGUGAAAGAUGGGGACCACAGAAAGCAGGUUCCAGAACGUUACAUCAUUACGAAAAAGAACAAGACCCAUUACGUUAUACGACCAUCGAUAUGUAUCGUCGACCGAAUACAAAUUUACCAGGACCCAAUAUAAUGAAAUUUGGACGAGCAGCAGAUGGUUUCUACCAGGAAAAAUUUCCCAAUCGACUUACCACAAGAUUUACAGCAUAGACUAGUAGUGGUCCUAAUUCUAUUUAUGUAUUGUUUUAUUUUGUCUGCUAAUAUAUUUCAUUAUACCGAAAAGAAUCCGAGUUAUACGUCCUUAUUUAACUUAAUUUAGUCUUUUGAAGACUGGUUAUUCUUGAAAUGAUUUAAAAUAAAUCAACUCAAAGUUUAUCUAUUUAUCCUAUUCCACUGUCCGAUAGGACUCCAUCUUACAGAAAGUUGCGAAAACAGUUGAAGUAACACAAUACUAUAAUCCAAUCCCUCAGAUUUGAUGUGAGAGAAGAGGAGCAUUUUCACAUAAUGUUUGUACCAUGUCACCAUUAAUUGGCUUUGGCGUUAACUCUUUUUAUUAAAUGAAGAUACUAAUGAUUGUUCGAUCCUCUCUAAUGUGAGGGGAUCAUUCUGAUUGAUAGCAAUAUAUAAAUUUGUUGCAUGUGGGAUUAAUGUUUUCCAUGUCAUUCACGUGCAGAGGUAAUGUUCUAGCAACUGGUGCAGUUUUUUGGGUUUUGGCACCCAAUUAUUCUCAAAAUUCAACCCCGUCGCCACUCGCCAAGUGCUCCUAAAAAUAGGAUAGCAAUAUCUCUUUCGAGAUAAUUAUUAUCAUUCUUGUGUGGAUUGAACGAGAUUUGGUAAUAACAGCAAAAGAGAAUCAUGCCUUUUAAGUGUCGAAAUUCUUAACAUCCAGAGUGCUGUAAGGUGUAAGAUUUUGUUGUAUGGCUUGAAAACAAGACGUCGCAUUAGAUUCUGAACUGAUCAGUUGUAAACGCAGAUUUGCGUGUAACGAUUAACUUAGGUAUUCAUGGAUUGAAAAAAGCUGUACAUUGUCUACUCUAUUUAUACUUUAUUCUCUCUGUAUAUCAUACAAAAAAUAUCAUGUAAAAGCUAAAAUAUAUAUAUUAAACUACAUCAUAGCGG